CUCUGUGGGCUAGGAGGAAGAGGGGAGAGGGCAGAGGAGCCAAAGGGUCCCUUGCUCAACAUGGGCCCUCCACAGCUGUGGCUGCUCCUACUGCUCAGCAGUGGUGCUUUGGCACAACAUGAUGGGUCAGAAGGUGAAAAUUCAGCGUGCUCAAAAGACACAACCAGAUUUAAGCACUUGAGAAAUUAUGUCUACAGCUAUGAAGCAGAAACAACAAGUGGAGUGUCAGGAACAUCAGAUUCACGAACUGGCUCCAAAAUUAGCUGCAAGGUUGAACUGGAGGUCCCGCAACUAUGCAAAUUUGUGUUGAGGACAAGCCAGUGUAGCCUCCGAGAAGUGUCUGGAGUGAACCGUGAGAGAAGGGCUUUGUUGAAGAAGUCAAGGAACUCAGAUGAAUUUGCUGCUGCCAUGUCCCAGUAUGAGCUGAAAUUCACUGUUCAAGAUGGGAAGAAAGUUCAGCUAUAUCCUGAGGAAAAUGAACCUGUACACAUACUGAACCUCAAGAGAGGCAUUAUUUCGGCUCUUAUAGUGCCAAUGGAGACAGAAGACAACGUCUAUACACUUUCUAUGGAUACUGUAUAUGGGCAGUGUAACAGUGAAAUUGAAAUAGAAGCCAGGAAAGGCAACACAGCUGCAGAAAUUGCAAUCAGAAGAAAUCUGAAAUCCUGUGAUAACUUCAACCCCAUCAGAAAUUAUGUCAGCCCACUUGCCCUCAUUAAAGGCUUGAAUGUGCCAUUAUCCACCUUGAUAAGUAGCAGCCAGCACUGUAAGAACAGCAUCGAUCCAAAGAAAAAGCAUGUAACUGAGGUAGUCUGCUCUGAAAAACACCUGUUCCUGCCAUCAUCAUACAAAAAUCAGUACGGCAUGAUGGCCGAAAUCACACAAACUCUGAAACUUGAAGACACCCCCAAAAUCAACCACAGAGACAUGGAUGUUUCAGGCCUGGCAAAGAAAGGGCUAGCUUUGGAGGGCACUGAAACCAAAUCUCUCAGGCAUGGUGAUGCUGUUUUGAAGGUUCUCCAGGAGCUGCAGAAACUUUCCAUCUCUGAGCAAAACCAGAAGAGAGCCAGCCUAUUCUACAGAUUUGUAACUGGACUGAGGGACUUACACAAUAGCACUCUGAGUGCUCUUGUGCCAAAACUGGUGGAAACUUCCAGUGCAGUCACAAUUCAGGCUCUGACUCAGUGUGGUACCCCAGAAUGCCUUGGAGCUAUCCUUCAAAUACUGAGGACUGGUGGUGUCGAUCCCCUUGUGGCUGAUGCUGUCACUUACAGCCUGGGGCUGCUGCCUUUUCCAUGUGCAAAAAGAAUACGAGAAAUCCUUACCAUGGCCCAGUAUAAUCCAAGCCGAGCAUCCUUUUAUGCCCUGAGCCAUGCUGUCAAUAGAUUCUACGACGAGAACAGGAUUAUAACUGAGGAAAUAAAUGAUGUUGCAAAUUUCAUGACAUCGCUGAUUAGCAACAAAUGCCAUGGGAAUGAUGAACUCAUGUACCUGACUUUGAGGGCCAUUGGCAAUAUGGGACAUGUGAUCGAAGCUGCCAAUCCUGAUGUGAAACAUUCUCUAAGAUCGUGUAUGGCGAGUAAUGACACAUCAUCCGCAGUCCAGAAAGCAGCCAUCCAGGCUCUUAGGAAAAUGGACAUCACUGAUGUGGAGCAAGGGACACUUGUUCGAGUUUUCCAGGAGACUUCCAAUCCAGAGGAUAAACGUCUGACAGCUUAUCUCAUGCUGAUGAGAAACCCAUCCCAGUCAGACAUUUCCAGGGUUGUUAGAGCUCUUACAAAGGACAAGAGCGAACAAGUAAAAAGCUUUGUAGCAUCACACAUUGGCAACAUCUUGGAUUCUGAACAACCUGAAAUUCAAUGGCUAAAAGACAAAGUGCAGCACGCCCUUAAAGGAGCCCAGAUUCCACCACCCAAGGACUUCCGAAGAUUUUCACGAAAUUACCGGGUUUCCAAGACACUUUCGAUGCCAGGGUUAGAUCCACUUUCAGCAAAAGUGGAAGGAAAUUUGUUGUUUGAUUCAAGUAGCUCUGUUCCCAAGGAAUCUAUGCUAAAAACCACACUGCAAUUGUAUGGAUUUAGUCCUCUGGAUAUUUUUGAGAUUGGCCUGGAGGGAAAAAACUUUGAGCCAACGCUAGAAGCCAUGUUUGGAUCAAAAGGGUUUUUCCCUGAUAGUGUCAGCAAGGCGUUAUACUGGGUCAACGGCAGAGUGCCAGACAGUGUUUCCAAGGCGCUCUUUGAGUAUUUCGAGUACCCCAAAAAUGAAAAAUGGGAUCAGAAUGUCAUGGAAAGUAUCAUGCUUAAUUUUGAGAGGCUAAUCAAAGAUGUGGCCAUCAGAGACACACCUGAAGCUACAGCCUUCCUCAGAAUCCUUGGUGAAGAGGUCGGAUAUCUGAAACUCAGUGAUUUUAAGCUCUUGGGAAAUCUGAUCCUGAAAAGCUUUAAAACUCUGCAGAGCAUCCCAGAAAAGAUUGCCCACGCCAUCUCAAAGGGGACUGAGAGAGAUUUAUUUGUUCACUACAUCUUCAUGGACAAUGAAUUUGAGCUACCAACGGGCACGGGGUUACAACUACACGUCGCUUUGUCUGGAGUAGCCACCCCAGGAGCUAAAGUUGGAAUGAAAAUUGCUCAAAAGAAUAUGGAAGCAGAACUGAUUGUUAAACCAUCAGUGGCAGUUGAGUUUAUAACUCAUGUAGGCAUGAACAUCCCUGAGUUUGCUAGAAAUGGUGUGCAGAUGAACACAAAUCUAUAUCAUGAGUCUGGCAUUGAGGUCAAGCUUGCAGUGAGAGCUGGGCUGCAGAAGUUAAGCAUUCCUGCUCCUAAGACUCCCAUAAAGCUCUUCAGCAUCAGCAACACCUUGCAUUUGGUCACCCCGACCCGAACUGAAGUGAUUCCCCCUUUGACUGAGAACAGAGAGUCCCAGAGAUCAUGCAGGCCAUUCUUUGUUGGCCUAGAACUGUGUAGCAGAAUAGAAUACUCUAAUGCCAGUACUUCAGAAGCAGCACCCUACUACCCCCUCACUGGAGACACAAGGUACGAAAUUGAAAUACAGCCAUCUGGGGAAGUAACAGAAUAUUCUGUAAGUUCUAAUUAUGAAUUAAAGAAAGAAGGAACAGAUCUGCUCGACACCCUGAAAUUCAUUGUUCAGGCAGAAGGUGUAAAAGAUUGUGAAGCCACACUGGCCUUCAGUUACAACCGAGGCAGAAGGAUUUUCACCAGCGACCUCCAGGUUCCCCAGGUUGAUUUUGGUAUCAACUUCAGAAUUACUGAUGAGUCUUCCCAGGAAAGGAAAGCGUACCAAUUUAUUUUAGACAUCAACAACAAGAAAGUUCCUGAAGUUACUCUUUCAGGACGCAUGAGAUACACCAGUGGAAGGGAGUCAAUGCUGGGAGCUGUGAUCUCCAUUCCUCGCCUGCAGACUCAAGCUAGAACAGAAGCAUCGCUGCAACAAUCGAUUCGUGGGAUUUCAUUUCAGAUUGAUUCUUCAGCCACAGCUUAUGGUUCCUCCAUUUCAGAAAGAAUUGUACUUCAAUACGAUGAUGAGAAAGUUGAUAUCCAGUGGAAUUCUGGCUCCAAUGCUGCCCUGAAGAAAAUGUCAGCCAACAUACCUGUAGACUUUGGGGAUUAUUCAAAGGCUUUGCAGAAGCACAUCAAUGAACUCCUGGAUCACAAAGUAGACUAUUCAGAUAUGACACUCCGACAUAUUCUUUCAGGUUUAAUAGGAGCAACCAACACCUGGCUGCAGCAAGCAUCCAGGGAUGUUCCUUAUGCCCAAACUCUACGGGAUAAAUUAAGUGGACUUAAGAAACUAAAUUUUCUGCCUGAUAUCACCAUUCCUGAAGAAAUUUUCUUGAACAGUGAUGGCCAAUUUAAGUACAUUUGGAACAAGAAGAGCACUACCAUUACUAUUCCACUGCCAUUUGGUGGCAAAUCAUCCUAUGACCUGAGAGUACCCAGGACUGUAAAGACACCAGCAUUGGUAAUGCAACCACUGGCAAUCAACAUGCCAUCUCAAGAGUACAGGCUUCCACCGUUCACCAUCCCUGAAUCCUACACACUUCGAGUGCCUUUGCUGGGUGCUUUUGAGAUCUCUUCCAAUGUGUACAGCAAUUUCUAUAACUGGUCAGCCUCUUACUCCUUGGCUAAUAACACAAAGGAUACAUACAACCUAAGAACAAACUACCACAUAAGAGCAGACUCUGUUUUGGAGCUACUUUCAUACAAUAUACAAGGUCAGGGAGAAGCAAGUUAUGACCAAAACAUGUUCACCUGUGCUUACCUCAGCUCCAUGCAACACAGACUCCUCAACUCCAAUUUUAAAUUCAACAAGGCAGACACAUAUGGACUCACUCCCAGUAUCAAAAGUACCACAUGGCUCGAGACUUCCAGUCCACUGGGUGUCCAGUUUUCUCUGUCUGCUGAUCAUGAUUUCAAGUACAGUAACAGCUUGUUCAUCGAAAAUACAAAACUGGAAGGGCAACUGAAAGUCGCUUCAGCCAUUGCUAAAACCACGUACACACUGACAAGCAACUAUGAUGCAAACAACCAUGUGUUGGCAGGGGAAUCGGAUUUGAAGUUUGACUCUUCUUACCUUCAGGCUACCAACAAGAUGACUGGCAGGCGAACUGAUGAUGCAUGGACAAUCACAUCAGUCUCAAAUGUACAGAAGGGAUUUUUGACAAACACUGCUUCCUUGAAGUAUGAAAACAGCCAACUAAAAUUGACAUCUGAGACAACUGGAAGCCACAGAAACUUUGCAGCUCUAAACAAGUUUGAUUUAGGCAUUGCCAAGCAAGGGGCUUCAUUCCGCUCUGAGUCCCAGGCAAAUUACCUGCAAAACCGAUAUUAUACCCUGCUUUUGGGCUCCAUUAAUAGCCAAGGUCUUGAGCUGAAUGUUGAUGUUUCUGCAAAUGGUGAAAGAAACAAAGCAGCUCAUAAAUGGUCAUUAACUGUUAACGGGAAUGGCCUGGCUAGCAGUGGAACCACAAACUUGCUGUUUAGUCCGCUAACACUGGAGAAUAAAAUGAGUGCCCAGGUCAGCACUGCAGGAGCUACCAUGGCGAUUAAUGCUAUUGGACGCUAUGGAAAACACAAUGUAAAAUUUGACGUGGAUGGAAGAGCAGCUCUCACAGAAAUAAUGCUUGGAAGUGCCUAUCAAAGCAGCCUUUGGGAUGUGGAUGGCAAGAAUGUCUUCAACUUCAGGGUGAAUAAAGAAGGCCUCAAGUUUUCAAAUAGCUUGAUGGGAUCAUACAAAGAAAUGAAGCUCGAACAUUCUCACAAUCUAAACAUUGCAGGCCUGUUGUUGACCUAUGUGUCAAAUUUAGACAAUGCUAUCAGCUCAGACAAAUUUCAUAAGCAUCAUUUUGACUUCCAGCUGCAACCCUACACUCUCACAGUCAGUGUGAAUAACAACUUCAAGUAUGGCAAUGCUGACUUAGCCAACAUUGCUCGGUUGCAGCUUGAACCACUGAAGGUAAAUUUUGAUGGCAAUGUAAAAGGUGCUUAUGGAGCUGAUGAAGUGAAGCACACCUACACCUUCACAUAUGCCAACCUAGCAGCAAACUUUAAGACAGACACAGUCACAAGCAUUCAAGGUGCAGCUCUUACCCACAGGGUUAAUCUGGAUGUUGCAGGACUCUCCUCUUCAGUCAGUAUCAAUACAAAUUGUGACUCAAAAUUCUUGCGAUUUUCCAAUGUAAUACGAUCACUUGUGGCCCCAUUUACAGUCACUGUUGACAUGCAUACCAAUGGUGAUGGAAGUUUUUUGGUCAUGGGAGAUCAUACAGGACAGCUGUACAACAAAUUCCUGCUCAAAGCAGAACCUCUUGCUUUUAUCUUUUCUCAUGAUUACAGGGGAUCCACCAUGCACAACUUAAAUUCAGGGAAGAAAUACACUACACUACUUGACAACAAAAUCAAUGUCCUUUUUACUCCAUCUGAACAGAAAAGUGCCUGGAAACUGAAGAGUCAGCUCAACAACAAUGUAUACACACAGGAUCUUAGUGCUGUCAAUGAUGCUGAAAGGAUAGGUGUAGAAAUGAGUGGACAAACUUUAGCAGACCUUUCUCUACUGGACUUCCCUAUUAGUGUGCCAUUUGUGAAUACUCAAAGAAUCAAUGUAAUUGACGCAUUCGGUCUAAGAGAAGUUGUAGCUAACCCUCAAGAAUUCAGUCUCGCUUUUUCUGUGAAGUAUGAUAAGAACACAGAUGUACAUGUCAUCAAUCUGCCAUUCUUGGAAAAUCUACCUGUUUAUUUUGAGAAAAUCAGGCAUUCCAUUUUAUCUGCACUAAAAUCUAUUCAGAAGACUCUGAAGAGCAUAAAUAUUGAUCAGCAAGUUAGAAAAUACAGAGCGGCAUUAGACAAGUUCCCCCAGAAAGUUAAUGACUAUGUGAAUACUUUCAAUUUGGAAAGCAAAGUGAAUAACCUAAAAGAGAAACUGGAUGAUUUCAUAAGGGAUUAUACCAUAGGAGUAGAUGACCUUCAUCUUGCUUUGGAAAGUGCCAAGAAUAACCUUCAGGAAGUUUUGGCCCAGCUGCAGACUCUCCUGAUAGAAGCUGAAAAGUAUAUAAAAGAGAACUAUGAUCCAUAUAACCUGAGAACAGCUAUUGUGCAAUUGAUAGAGCAAAUUGUUGAAAAAAUGAAAGUUAUUGAUAGACAAUACCAAAUCAGUGCAAAAACAAUUGACACUAUUCAGCAGCUGCAAACAGCCAUCUCUCAGUUUGAUGCCAGAAACAUCGGAAGUAGUGCUGCAGCUUGGGUCCAGAAUAUGGAAGCUGAGUAUAAAAUCAAAGCUCAGGUGCAAGAUAAACUAGAUGAACUCAAGAGCCAGAUUGAAAGUAUCGAUAUCAAUCAUAUUGCAAAUAAUUUGAAGCAUCAGAUUGAAAUAAUUGACCUCAAACAAGUUAUGGAAAGACUACAAGUGUCCUAUCCAGUUCAAAAACUGAACCAAAUUCUUGAACAAAUCAAAGACAUUCUUAUAGAUUUUAUAGAGGAUUAUGAGAUAUCUGAGAAGAUCAAUGUACUCCGAGGUAAAAUCCAUGAACUGAUUGUGAACUUUAAAAUGGAUCAGCAGGCCAGAGUUCUACUUGACAAACUUGUAGAGGUUUCUAAUCAACAUAAAAUAAAAGAAACAGUUCAAAAAUUAAUCUUGUCAUUGAGAAAAAUUGACAUAAAGUUAUUCUUCAAUCAAAUACUGAAAUCAAUUGAUGAUGCUGUUAACUGGCUCCAAACAUUUGAUUACCAAAAUCUGGUGGAUGAAGUCAACAAAUUUCUUGAUGAUGUUAUAAAGAAACUGAAGCGUUUUGAUUACAACAAGUUUGUAGAUGAAACAAACAACAAAAUCCAGGAAAUAACACAGAAGAUCAAUGAGGAAAUCAGAGCUUUAGAACUGCCACAGAAAAUGGAAGCUGCAAAAAAUUACAUCAGAGAGGUUGCUGUUAUGGUUUCACAGUAUGCAGAGAAACUGAAAGAAACUAGACUUGCAAUAAUAUUUAACUGGUUCAAUGAUCUCCUAAGCUCUACAGCAUUAAGUGAGCUUAAAACUAAGAUACAUGAUUAUCUGGCAGAUGUCCGUAGUACAAUUUAUCAAAUGGAUAUCCCAUUGGAAUGCCAGCGGUAUCUUGAGAAGGCAAGCCAGUUGUACAAUACAGUAGUCACCUACAUAGUUCAUCAGUGGCACGCUGCCUCAAAGAAGAUUACGCAUUUGGCUGAACAAUAUGAUAUUAAAAAUAUAGCUGAUAAGUUGAAUCAGUUUGUUGAAUUUGGUUUCAUAGUCCCUGAGAUCCGAACAGGAAUAAUCAAUGUACCUGCCUUUGAAGUCAGUCUCCGAGCCCUACGAAAAGCAACAUUUCAAACUCCAGAUUUUAUUAUUCCUCUAACUGACCUGCAUUUCCCCUCAUAUCAGGUAAACCUCAAGAACUUAAAAGAAAUCAGAAUUCCAAUCAGAAUUACAACACCUGAAUUUACUAUAUUAAAUACCUUUAAGAUUCCUUCUUAUACCAUUGAUUUGAAUGAAAUCAAAGUGAAGAUGGUGAAGAUGAUUGAUCAAAUUCUUUCAAGUGACUUUCAGCUGCCAGCAGCUGAUGUGUAUUUCAAAGACCUAAAAAUGAACGACAUGCCCUUUUCUGAUUUUUCUUUCCCAGAAAUGAAUUUGCCUGAGUUACAAAUAACUGAAGUAGUGAUUCCAAAGCUAAAUCUUGAUGGAUUCCAGUUCCCAGAUAUACAGAUACCAGAAUUCCAGCUACCACGCAUUCCACACACCGUGACUGUCCCAGCAUUUGGCCAACUGUCUGGUACUUUCCGAGCAGCCUCCCCCUUCUUUACACUAAGUACUAAUGCUGGCUUUCAAAAUGUCACAACUUUUGCCCACAGCCCAGAAUUUGUGGCCUCAGUUUCAGCUCUAGCAACAUCCAAAUUUGACUACCUUGAUUUCACCAUAGCAGCAGAUGCUCGACUCUCAGCUCCUGAGAUGAAACAACUUAUCUUCAAAGAGACCCUAAAACUCUCCCACUUGUAUCUGAAAGCUGAUCACAGUAGUGAAAUAACAUUUUUGAGGACUUCUGCUCAAAGUAAUGCUGAAACUACAGUGAGCCUGCGCACCACUAAAAAUGCUAUAGAACUGCACAACAAAUUGACAGUCAGCCUGCAAAAAAAGGUUUCCAUGGAGAGCAAGUCAAUAUAUACACACAGGUUAAAUAUCUCCCCUUUCACUAGCCAGGCUGAACUAAGCAAUGAAAUUAAAACAGAGUUGGAAGCUGGGCGCGUAAUAGUUACUUCUAUUGGUAAAGGGAACUGGAAAUGGGAUGCUCUUGAUUACUCCGAUGAAGGAACCCAUGACUCAAGUGUCAGUUUCACCAUAGGAGGGCCUGUAGCUGCACUUGUGGCUGAAAACAGGGUGAAUGAUAAGUACUUGAAGGUCAAUCAGAGACUGCAGUACGAAUAUCGCUUACCAAGUGUAGCAAGUCUUCAGAUUGUAUCUACUGUAGAAUCUCCACAAUUGGGACUCAGCGUCUUAAAUAUACAUGGCUCAGGAGAUCUUGCAAAGGUGAAAACCGAACUAACUGGCACACACAAUCUGAAACUAAAUGGACGUGUCUCUGGAACUAUAAAAAACAACAUAGCCUUCUUGUUGCAGCCCUUUGAAAUUCAAGUAUCAACAGAAAAUGAAGGGAAUGUAAAAGUUAGCUUCCCACUGACACUGGUUGGCAAAAUUGACUUCCGGAACAACUAUGGCUUGAUGUUGAAUCCUUCAAGUCAACAAGUCAGCUGGGCAGCUGAUGGCAGAUUUAAUCAGUACAGAUAUGCCUAUAACAUCUCUGCUGGUAACAAUGCUGAUAGCAUAGAAGCUUUGGUGUCAAUGAGUGGUGAUGCUAACUUGGACUUCUUAACCAUUGCAGUCUCCAUUCCUGAAAUCUCUGUCCCAUAUAUUAAUGUUAGAACACCUCAGGUAGUAGAAUAUUCACUGUGGGAGGAAACAGGCCUGAAGAAUUUGCUGAAGACCACAAAGCAAUCAUUUGAUUUAAACCUGAAAGCUCAGUACAGAAAGAAUAAGGAUAUGCACUCAUUUGAAAUUCCUUUAGAUGGAGUGCAGAGAGCACUCCAGCACUACAUUGCGGUGUUCAAUAAGCAUUUUGAAAGAGGUAGAGAUGAUGCUUUAGUUUACCUUACAGAUUCAUAUAACCAAGCUAAGUCAAAGUUUGACCAAUACAAAGUGGAUACUUCCAUUGACAGUCUUCCACGAACCUUCAGGAUUCCAGGCUACACCAUCCCAGUGGUCAACAUUGAGGUCUCUCCCUUUACAGCUGAGCUCCCAGCUUUUAGCUAUGUGAUUCCAAAAGAAAUGAGUACUCCAAGUUUCACUAUGCCACUUGUUGGAUUUUCAGUGCCAUCGUAUACAUUGGUCCUCCCUUCACUAGAGCUACCUGUCCUACAUAUCCCCCAAGGCCUGCGGACACUUAAACUUCCCAGCUAUCGAGCACACAGACCACUAAACAGAAUUUACAUUCCAGCCUUAGGAAAUAUAACUUAUGAUUUUACAUUUAAAUCCAGUGUGAUUACCCUGAAUACAAAUGCUGGGCUUUUCAACCAAUCCGAUCUCAUUGCUCGUUUAAGUUCAUCAUCCACUUCUGUGAUUGAUGCGCUACAGUAUAAACUUGAUGGAACAACCAGUCUUACAAGACAAAGAGGGCUGAAGCUUGCAACUGCAUUAUCAGUGAACAAUAAAUUUAUACAGGGAAACCAUGACAGCACUAUCAGUUUCACAAGGAGAAAUAUAGAAGCCUCAGUGACAACAACAACAAAAAUUAACACACCAAAUUUAAAAGUGAAUUUUGAACAAGAGCUUAAAGGAAACACUAGGUCCAAGCCUAUAAUCUCUUCAGUUAUAAGUGUAAAUUACAUUUUUGACAUGCCCACCAUUGGCACCAAUGCUAAAGGAGCAAUUAACAACAAGUACACCCUAGAAAGCAUAAUAUCUGACAUUGCUGUAGAAACUUCAACCAAUGGUUUCAUUGAUGGAGUAUUUCAGAAAGUAAGACCAUUUUCAGGAAAGCUGCUUCUGGAAGCUAAUGCCUUCUUAAAUGCUAAAGGUGCUCGUUCUGGUGUCAACUUUGAGUCUAGCUCUAAAGCUGAUGGAAUCUGGAAUCUUAACUUCAAUGAUAACAUUGCUGUUGAAGCAACAGGCCAUCGUAUUUAUGUAGUAUUAGAUGACAGCAAAGAAUACUUUCUGCAGUAUCUUCCAGUAAUUGAAAUGAAUGGAAAGCAUGUCUGCAAGUUAACUUCAGAAGUAACUCCUGGCAGUAUGUCAACAACCCUUCAGAUAGAUAAUAAUAUCCUCCCUCAGAUUUCAUUUAAUCAAGUUAUUUCAAUGACUGUCAAUACUGAACAUGAGAAAAUUGUUUGGAAGGGUGAAGGCCAAAUGUUCCCUCUGACACUUGGACAUGACAUGCAGUUAGCAAAUACCAAAAGAGAAGUUCAGUUUGAUCUAUCUGGAUCUUUAGGAGGGCAUGUGGAUUUCCUAAAACAUAUUGUGCUGCCAAUUUACGACAGGAGCUUAUGGGAUAUCUUGAAAUUAGAUGCCACUACUAGGCCCGAAGAGAGACAAUAUCUGAAUGUGUCAACUGCCAUACUAUACACAAAAGAUGAGGAUGGGUAUUUUUUCCCUAUAAAUGUGAAUCGAUUGGCUGAUGGAUUUACGUUUACAAUUCCAGAAAUAGAACUGAAAGUUCAAAAUCCUGUGAUUACAACUCCAGCAUUCAGUGUUCCUUUUACAACUCUGCAUGUUCCCUCUUAUACCAUUGACCUACAUGAAAUAAAGGUCCCUGAAAAGCUGAGCACCAUGCCAUUUGACAUUGGAUUCCCUUCACUGCCAAAAAUGCAGUUUCCCCAAUUAGAUGUACUAACCAGCUACGUUGAUACAGAAGGAAACAAACAUCCCUACUUUGAACUGACUGUACCCGAGUAUCUUUUGACUAUAUCCCAAUUUACUCUUCCAAAGACCAUUUCUUUUGGCAAUAAUAUUGUGGAUUUGAAUGCUGUGGCCAACAAGAUAGCUGACUUUGAUCUGCCGACAAUAACAAUUCCUGAGCAGCGGAUUGAAAUUCCAGCUUUCAAACUUGCUUUGCCUGCAGGGAUUUACUUCCCCAAAUUUGGAGCUUUGAAUAGUUCUUUCAGAGUUGCUUCUCCAGUGUACAGCUUCAUCGGGAACGUGGGUUUCAAAAACAAAGAAGAUUCUUUUGAACAUUCCAUUGACUUUACUGCAAAUUCACCUCUGCAGUUUCUGGAGUAUGACCUGGAUGCUGUGACCACCUGCACUUACACAAAUGGCGUCUUCACUGUAGGGACUCAAGGCACCUUCUCACAUCGCGACAUGAGUGAAGAAUACAAAUCUUUUCUUAGAGUGCAAGGACUCAGCAUCCCCAGCUACAGGAUUUCUCUGAACAUCAUCAGCCCAACCUUUACUGAUGCCCAAGUGCUUAGUGAAGGACAGAGCUCAGGAAUGUAUUCUUCAGUGUCCUCCUCUUCUGCUGGAACUCUUGGCUUUGUUGUCAACAAGGAUUCUGAUACCGCCAUGGGAAAACUUUUCUACCGAACGCGGACUAACCCUCAGCAUGAUGUUGACAUCGUGAAAAGUGAGAUAUCCUUCGCACACCCUGAUUUGAUUCAAGUCAAAACCAACUGGGAAGAAGAUGGUGUCAGGGACCUGCUUCUCAGUUUGAAGGAGAAGGUACCUAAAAUGGUUGCUGCAGUGUACAACAGUGUUAAUAAGUAUCACCACGAGCAUAUGGGGAUGGACAUCAACACUGCUGCUUUAAAGCUGAAGGAGAAACUGAAAACUAAUGUUGACAAGACUUAUAAAGAAACUUUAAAAAGUAUAAAUGAACUUGAAAACCAGGCCACUGCGAAGUAUGACAAUAUAAGGAUAAAAACCAUAAAGCUGUAUCAAGACCAAGCUGCCCAGCUGGACUAUGACCAAAUAAGAACCACAGUUUUUGAUACCAUAAUGGAUAUCAUACAGGAGUACCAGAAAAGAAUAAAGCAUCUCAUUGACUCUGCUGUUAGAUUUUUGAAGGAAACCAAGUUCCAGAUGCCAGGGCUGGCUGUGAAGCACACCGGUGAAGAACUUUUUUCAAUGGCCACUGCAAAAUUAGCAAAAGUUACAGACCUCUGCAUUUCAAAGGUGCAAGAACAAUUUGAUGUUUUGAUUAAGUAUAUCAGUGAACUAGAGAUUAAAAUUCCAGCUUCCAGCCAAAUCAUCAGAGGUUCUAAUAUACUUAAUGAAAUUAAAGUAUUUCUAACACACAUACAGAAGAAAGCUAGUCAGAUAUUUGUCAGACUUCAAGAAAUUGACUUUGCAGAAAAGUUAAGAGAACUCAAAGAAUUUGUUCAGCACAUGUCUCAAAAGGCAGAAGACCUUAUCAGAAAUUUACGGUCCCAAAACUAUGAAUAUAUUACAGUCCAGACCAACUUAUUAUUCACAAACAUCUCAGAAAAGUUGAAGAGUUUUGCAGAGGAUAUAAAAUACCUGCUUCCUCGCUAUGUUAACAUCAUCCAGAAUACCUGGCAGAACAUCAUCUCAAAGCUAGAAGAAUUUUUGCAAUAUCUGAAGGACCUGUGGCAGGAAUAUCUGGACCCAAGUGUAGCUGGGUGGUCCACUAAAUACAAUGAAGUGACAGACACAGUGAUAGCUUGGCUGAAGAGUCUUCUCAAUGUUGUGGCGGAAUGGAAAGCCACAUACAUUGGCGAUACUGCUGACUUUGUGUCAUGUGCCAUGGAUCAAGUGCAAAAAUUUGUGGCAAACCACGGAAAUGUCACCAAGCUCUCAGAGUCUGCUCGUGACAAGAUCCUGUAUUGGUCAGAGAUUGCUAAGAGAAGUGCUGCUGAACAAAACCAGGAGGUCAAAGUGAAGCUACAGGAGGCCUAUGAGAGCUUUAGCAGGUCCAGUGAAAGACUGAGCACUGAAACCCAAAAACUGAUCGACUUGAUGAUAGAAAACUACACCGUAUUCCUCCAGUACCUCAAAGAGCUUCUUAACCAGUUUGAGCAAGCAACAGCUAAUGCUCUGAGGCCCUAUGUGGCUGUUCGACAAGGAGAGCUCAGAAUUGACAUCCCAAAGCCAUUUGAUUGGAAAUCCAUUUCUGACAUGACUCCAUUUAGUGAGGAAGAUUUCAGGAAAAAAGCAGGAUUAGCACAAGAACUGGUUUAUCAAGGCAUUGAUCAAAGCAUCAAGCAGUGGGAAGAACUGCAGAGAUUAAUUGAUCAACAAAGAGUCACCCAGCAGACCAAGGAAAAUGAACAGAGGCGUGCCCAGUCUUGAGCGCACAUGCAAAAGGUAAACAUCAUGCAAGUUCUUCUCUUGCCAUAUUUAAAGCCAACAGCAAUUAUCCAUAUUUUUUUUCUUUUUGGAACAUCCAAAAACUAUUCUCUGAAUUGGUAUUUGUGAAUGAAAGGUAAAGAAAUAUGCAGGUUAGCGUAAUAGUCUGCAAAAGCCAAUAAAUGAGUUCUCUAUGACAUUCCUGUGUCUUUUAUUAAAACCUGUUUUCUUUAAGGUCAUAGAUCAUGAUGCAGUGUUGGUUAGAGCAAACAGAAGGUCUUAGCUGUGGCUGGAUUCAGAGGAUGUAGGGUCAUCUGCUGUUGGGCAGUACAUUUUGUAAAGAGUUUCUGUGCAAAUUCAGAGCUUUAUGGAUUAAGAAGCAGCCUAGAAUGGAAAGGCCAUUCCAGAGCCAGCAAAGGAAUACCUGUGGAUUACAAAUAAUUUCUGAAUGAACAAAGUAGUAAGUAUAGCCAUAAACUUAUGCAUCGACUUGGGAAGGAAAUAAGUUAGAGAGUAAGAGCUGGGUUGGAAUCUGUACACAGCACAAACAAACAAAAAAAAAGAACAAAGAUAUUUGCAGUCAAAUUAAUCCCUCUGUGAGGAAAACAGAAUGCUACUUUUUCAGCCAGAAAUAGUCUCUAGCCAAAAUAAAUCAAGGAUCAACCCUUUCAUAUUUUUUCCUCAAUGAAGUUAGUAUUUUCUGAGUUUCUCAAGAGUCCCCUCCUUUCUCAUGUCACUGUCAAACAUUUCUUUUUUGAUCCAAUCCAAGGUCAUAUCAAGGCCAAGGUCAUCACUGCCUUGUUUCUCGAAGGAUCCUCCUCUGCCAAUUCAUUUCCUGUGCUGGUGUUGGGUGGCUGGGGAGCAGAGAUGGUCACGAAGUGCAAUCGCUCUUGCUAUUGGAGGAAUAUAGCAGGACAAUCUUCCCCUCCCAAGCUCUUAUUUUCUCCUCAGCUACUGAAGUCACACAAACCCAGUUUGGACCAGAUGUUGACAAUCUGACAGAAGGCCCUGAUUAGAUAGAUAUUGAGCCUUUGUGUCUGAGAGCAAAAUACCUGGGCUUACUAAUUUAUUUGGUUUUAUAUAUAGCUGUUAGGAUGCUAUGUACAUACUAGGAAAAGGAGCUGGAAGGUUCAAUAUAAUGGGCUUUUCCCAUUUCUUUAUCAAAAUAAACUCAUUUUGCAAUGUCUCUA